AUGUCACAUUACUCAAAGUCUCUCCUGUUGAGUUCACUGUUUGCGUUAUCCACUCUUGUCUCAGGGUUGGGCAGAUCCUGCUCAGCACCGUUGGGUAGUGGAACAGCGGCUCCAAGCGAUCCACCCGAGUUCUUACCAGGUUUUCAGGAAUGUCAAGGAUUUGGAGCCAAGGGCGAUGGUGUCACUGAUGAUACUGCUGCUAUCAGUUCGGCCAUGUUCUCCGGUGGACAAUGCGGCGGCGGAUCUUGUAAUUCCUCCACUGUUACUCCUGCCAUCGUGACUUACCUCGUCUCCUCGGCGAUUGAGACGUACUAUUACAUGCAGAUUAUUGGGGAUGCAAAGAAACCUCCAACCCUCCUUGCCAGCUCGUCUUUUAAUGGAUUUGCAGUCAUCGAUGCUGAUCCUCACAUUCCCAAUGAUUGGGGUGCUCAAUGGUUCACUAACCAGAACAACUUCUAUCGUUCCGUUCGCAACUUGAUAAUCGACCUUGGGCAAAUCCCUGCAUCAAUUUCUGCAAUUGGUUUGCACUGGCAGGUUUCGCAGGGCACUUCGCUCAUCAAUACCGUGGUCGAGAUGUCCACCGCUUCUAAUGACAGCCACCAUUGGAGGUAUGUUCAUGGAGAAUGGGAGUACGGUAUUCAAGUUGGUAACCUACAAUUUACGGUUCGUAAUCUGACCGUCAACAAUGCCGCAACUGGCUUACCGACAGCUGUCUCUGGCAUCUGGAAUUGGGGAUUCACGUUUCAAGGAGUCACGAUCAACGAUUGCGAAGUAUGUGUUGAACUUACCGUCGGUUCAGAGGCUAUUAUCGAUGCAGUUGAGACUAAUACUACCAUUUUUGUUCGCUCUUCGCUGAGCAAUGUUCUCACCGCAGUUGGUGUUACAGGUGGAAUCACAGUUCUUGCUGGUGGUACGACGACAAUCGCUUCCUGGGGUCAAGGAAAUGUGUAUUCCGGAACCAGUGGGUCCAAGACAUUUACACAGGGAAACAUCGUUUCUGCAAAUAAGCCCUCCGUACUUUUGGAUAGCGCUGGACAAAUCUUCGGAAAGGUUUAUCCUCAGUACGAGAACUAUGGUGUCAGUCAAUUCAUCAGUAUCAAGAGCCAGGGUGCAAAAGGCGACGGCCACACAGAUGACACUACCGCUAUUCAAAACACCCUUGAUGAGUACGCUGGAUGCAAGAUCAUCUUCUUCGAUGCCGGAACGUAUUAUGUGACCAUCCCCACUGGAGCUCAGAUCGUCGGCGAAGCCUGGUCAGUCAUUAUGGCUGGUGGGAGUGCUUUCAACGAGCAGAAAAACCCUUGUGUGGUUAUUCAAGCAGGCGCAGCGAAUUCCCAAGGUGUCCUGGAGAUAAGCGAUAUGGUCUUCACCACUGCAGGCCCUACUUCCGGUGCCACCAUGAUUGAGUGGAACGUACAUGAUCCAUCUGGUCAGCAAGCAGCGGCGGGAAUGUGGGACACCAUAUUAGCUGUCGGAACAAACAUGCAGUAUUCACAAUGUCCCCCAGGCUCUGUCAAUAGCGCCUGUCAAGCUGCUUUCCUUGGGAUACAUUUGACUUCUGAAUCGAGUGCAUACCUUGAAGGCACAUGGGUCUGGACCGCCGACCACGACCUUGAUACUUCCGGCUCCUCUAAUAUCUCGAUCUUUACUGGUCGCGGGAUUCUUGCCGAGUCUCAUGGCCCAGUAUGGCUUAUUGGCACAUGCUAUUUUACUUCAUGCCAACAGACUUCAUGGGUCGGAGUAAGAUGGCGGAAACCACAUUUACCUUGGGGAUAUCCUGGACCUUCCCUUACUCACACAGCUCGCCCAGGAGUCAAUCGACUCCUGCCCGAUGAACAUGAGAUGAAAAUGAGAGGUUUGAGUCCAAUGGCCCUAGGCCUGGUGGUAGUGUGCCAGUCAGAAUUGGUAUUCAUGGAUGAUGGAUAA